AUGGCUCAGCUGCUGCACCUGCCGGACCUCGCGGCGGCGCGGCCGCCGGCGGGGAGGAGGAGGGGCGUGGCGGUGGCGGCGGGGGCGGGGGGCCGUGUCAAGCAGGGGGAGGCGAGGGGGCGGGUGAUCAGGGUCGCUGACCCCGUGCGGGACGGCCGGAUGCCGGUCCCGCUGCCGCCGCUCUUCGCCGCGCCGGCCAUGCCGUCCGAGUCGCCGCCGGCCGCACGGAGGCGCGGGGACGAGGACGACGAGGAGAGGCAGAGGUACUACCUCAACGUGGGGUACGCGAUCCGGACGCUCAGGGAGGAGCUCCCCGAUGUGCUCUACAAGGAGCCCAGCUUCGACAUCUACAGAGAUGACAUUGUCUUCCAAGAUCCUUUGAAUACAUUCAAGGGCCUGGAAAAUUACAAAAGGAUAUUCUGGGCGCUUCGUUUUACUGGCCGGAUCUUCUUCAAAGCAUUGUGGGUUGAUAUAGUCAGUAUAUGGCAGCCUGCUGAGAACAUGAUCAUGAUUCGCUGGAUUGCCCACGGCAUUCCUCGAGUACCUUGGGAUGGGCAUGGCCGCUUUGAUGGUGCUUCUGUCUAUAAACUUGACAAGAAUGGCAAGAUCUAUGAGCAUAAGGUGCACAAUGUCGCAAUGAAUCCACCAACGAAAUUCAAGGUCCUACCGGUCCAUGAGCUAAUCAGAUCACUUGGUUGCCCCUCUACUGCAAAACCAACUUAUUUCGAAGCUUCAUCACAAUAUCUGUGUGCUGGGCCAUCUUAUUUGAGAUUAGCAUGGAUAAGAUGCUACAUCUCAUUGUGCCGUAUGCUUUCGCUAGCAAAUCUGGGAGAAGGAUAG